AGUGAAUAUGACUGCCUUGGCUGUAAUAUCUAUAUGCCUGCUAUUGCUGUCGCUGAUUGCGCGAACCUACCAGUGCUAGUGUGGGCAUACGGAGGUGGCUUUAAGAAUGGAGGAGCUUCAUCUCCAUUUUAUGAUUGUACUCCUAUCGUUGCAAAUUCGAUUGAGUUGCAAAAGCCGGUUGUGGUGAUAAGUCUCAGCUACCGUAUCAACUACCUUGGCUUCCUUAGUUCCAAGGAGAUGAUGCUUGAUGCUCAGGAUUCCGUUGGCAACUGGGGACUCUUGGAUCUGAUCAUGGGUCUCGAGUGGGUUCAAGAGCAUAUUAGCGCUUUCUCUGGUAAUCCAAAGAGAGUGACUUGGAUGGGUCAAUCUGGGGGCGCAGUGGCCGCAUCUUAUAUUAGUAUAAUCCCUCAAUGUCAUGGUCUGUACCAACGUAUGAUCAUGCAAUCUGGUGGAGCA